CGUAAAGGCCAGAGCUUUAGCAACAGAGCUACUUAUUCACUCGGUCGUUGGGAACUCGGGACGGAAAAACAUGCCAACUGUUUGUGGAAAGGCCAGACAGAAGAAGUAGACUCAUACCGUAAGGAGAUGGUGCCACCGCAGCUGAGAGUGCUGGGUGGCAGCGCCGCCAUAAUCUUGGGCGGGUUCGUCACCAUCAACGUCGUCUCUGCUGUCACAAUGUCGGUGGUGCGAACGGUGACGGAGAGGAAAAGGAAGAAGAUUUCAUUGCCCUGUAUGGUCUGCAAAGGCAAAGGAUUCUACAUUUGCAAGCUUUGCAGAGGGAACGCAACAAUACAAUGGUCUCCGCUUUAUGAUCCCGUUGCCAUAAAUCCCUGCGUUUGCCCAACAUGUGAAGGAAACAGGAUACAACGCUGUCUCAAUUGCUUGGGGAAGGGCUAUAGUUGAGAGCAUGACCAUAGAGCGCUAUGUUCUUCCUGUCCUUAUCACGGGAAUUUGUAAUAACAUUGAAAGGUUUGUAAUGUAAAUUACAUUAGUUGAUUACAGUGCGAUUUCAUCAUCUGAUCGAUUGUAUUGUCUGAAUCAGACAACGACGAAGAACUUGCUCUGCACAUCUAAAUCUCAAAUUCUUGAAAAGCA